GCGGAUUGUAGUCAAUCGUUAUCAGUUUUCCAUUUCUUUUGCCAAAAAUCAUCAGAAAUGUUUGUUAAAUAGCAUAAAUUUUAGUAGAAACCUAAUUAGUACAAAUAUAUGUAGAUGCAAUUUGGAUGCUUCGUGACAUUUAUACUUAAUUCGAUAAUUUUAUGUGUGCAAACAAAAGUCUUUAGUAAAUCACUCUAAUCGUAUUUUUCAUGGAGUUUUCUUCAAGCUGGUGGUAAAUACACUAAAAUGAAAAGUGUAUCUAGUGUAAAAAUGGAGGCUAGCAAUGAUUCUUUGUCUGUGCUAUCUCCGCCAAUGACGGGUUCUCCUGCUGUGUUGCUGACUCCUGGCCGGACAAGGAACAUCGCACAGGACAUGGAAGCUCUCCGAUUGUCACGACAAGACAAUCCCUAUCUCCAGCAGGUAAUGGCUAGCAGAGAAAGUCUGAUUGAAAGCCACGCUGAAGAGUGUGAAUCCGAUGACACAAUACUUAUGUCACAGGAGUUUGGAAGCACUGCCUUAGAUUUUAUAGAAGACGAUCCCUUAACUCUGAAGGAGGUCCACGAACAUAUGAUAAGGUCACCACCGCCAACAAGUUGCUGGCCACACGACACACUGUCGUAUCGUGCGUCGAGCGCUUUCGACUUCGCCGCUGACAGUCCUGUCUCUUACAGCGCUUACUCAGUCAAUUCACAGGAAAAGGAACUUCUAGGAGGUAGAUCUCCCCGUCGUAAUACCCGGUGUGAUGAGUCCCGUAAUAAUAAUAAUUCGAGUCGACCUCGAUCCUCUAGAUCCGCUUCCCCAAGGUCACACGACCUUACCCUCUGCGGACGACCGCUAUCGUUACCAGGCGAGAGUCACCUUCGUAACGCGUUAAGCAAAAAACAAGGCAGCAAUCAAAGCGAGAGGUUUUCCCUCCUCCAGCAUCCACGUCCUCUCCGGAGACCUCACAAUCGACGAGACGAGGAUAGCGUCCAACUUGUGCCAGACUGCGAUAAGUAGUACAAUGAAUGCAUAUUAAGAUAUAUAAUCUGUUCUAACGCAGAAUAUAUGGAUUUACCGCUGAUAUAGAUCUGUCUGAAAAUUU